UUUUUUUACGAAAAAAAAAACAACAACUUGUAUUUACUUAUUUAUUUGUUUAAGUGUGGAGUGCGUGCGUGCGAGAGAGCGAGCAGUGCGCGGCUCACAAGUUCCGUGUCCAGUAGCGAUAGCAGCGGUGUGUGGUCUUUUCGUGACCAUGUGCCCUGCCCCGAGCAUAUCCACUGCCAGGGUCGGGGAGGGCAUGGCCUCCAAGCCGCCUGCCCCCCCGAGGCGGGUGCUGCGAGUGAGUCAGCUGGACGCACUGGAGCUGGAUCGCAUGCUGGAGCAGCUGCUGUGGGAGCAACUGGGCCGCUGCUUCCAGGCGUUCCGCCCGGGCCUGCUGGUGGGCUGGGAGCCCGAGCUGCGAGCCCUUCUGCGCCUGCUGCUGUGGCGUUUCACGCUGUACUCGAGUGAGGCCACCGUCGGCCAGGCCCUGCUCAACAUCCGCUACAGCUACAACCACGGGGGCCGCCACGUAUCCCUGAGCCGCCGGCAGAAGCUGUGGUUCGCGGCUCUCACCGUGGGCGGCGGCUGGGCCAGCGAGCGCUGGCGAGACAUCUACCCGCGCGGGGCGGGCAGCGACGGCUCCUCCGCGCACCACGCCGACGGCGGUGGCAGCGGCGCGAUGGGCGCCGCCGGCGGGCUCGGCUACAGAUUCGUGACCGGCGGCAGUGCCGCCGCGCUCUUCCCCCGGCUGAAGAAGGCGGCGGGGACGGCGCUGGGGCUGCUGGGAGCCGCGCAGCUGCUCGCCUACGUGGUGUUCCUUCGCACGGGCACCGGGCUCUCGCUCACCGAGCGUCUGCUCGGCCUGAAUGCCGUGCAGGCCCGGCCGCAGGGUCUGCGGCAGGUCGGCUUCGAGUACAUGAACCGUGAGCUGCUGUGGCACGGCUUCGCCGAGUUCCUGCUCUUCGUGCUGCCAUUGGUCAACGCGGCGCGCCUGCGCUUCUCGCCGACGGCGCACGGUCGCGCCGGUGGCGCCAAGGACCCGGCGGAGGCCGGCACAGCGUGUGUGGCGUGCGGCGAGUGGCCCUGCCUCCCGCACACGGCCGGCGGUUGCGCCCACGUCUUCUGCUACUACUGCCUGGCCAGCCGGCAGGCGGCCAGCGCCGAUCUCGCGUGCCCGCGGUGCGGCUCGCCGGCCCGCCGCAUGCUGCCGCUCAGAGUCGCGGCGCUGGAGCGGGGCAGAGUGGAGGGCGAGACGGGCGAGCGCUUCGGAUAAUGAAUGAUUAAGUAACGAUUAAAAGGAACAAAGUUCGUUUUCAAGUUCGUUCGUCAAGUGCGGUAGCGUGCGCCGCAACAGCGCGUAGCAGCGUCGCCACGCUCCGUCAUCAAAACCGAGAGGUCGCAGCUGACGAAAUACCGCCAAUUGAGCGCCCUUCCUUGGGGUCCCUCCUGUCAUAACAUCUUGACAGAGGCAACUCAACGAUGGGAAGAAACUAAACGGAUCGCCCACGUGUGAGAGGGGUUAAGGUGCGCCCCGUUUGUUUAUCGGAAAAUGGUGCAGAAUGGGCAUCUAACAUUGCAUUGAUUAUCAAUUAUAUCAAUAUAUGCAGUGAAUUGUGCUUGAAGAUUUGAUUAUUCACAAUUUAUAAAAAUAUAAAUAUAUUUGAUACGGUUACAUUUCGGCCAAUGAUCCGAACAAAACUCGCGACAGAAAAAAACAAGAUACAAUAAAACGUGACAAAAAAUUGAUUUUUGAGUUGCAUCGCAAUCCUCAAUCGUGAUUUGUAUAAUCGCCAGUGCGGUGUGGAUAGUUAAAUGGGUAUCAUUCAGUGGGGGGGGGGGGGGGGGGGGGCAUUGGCUCUGGUGCCAGAAAUUAAAUGGACCCCCCGCCUUCCCCACUUCAAUCUCGUCCCAUUCCGUAACCUGGCACCUUGGUUGCUCCGGGUCCCCCGUGGUCCCCCGGCGUAAUUGUACUGCCUGCCUACUCAGGAGCCACUACGCCCCUGCUGAAGGAUUACUAUUCGGUUAAUGGAGCGAACAAAACUGUGCAAACAAGGCAGAGAAAACCUAUUUAAUCCUGCAUCGUAUUGUAAUCCCGAUCGGCCACAUACUGAGUACGGAGCGCUUCUGACCACUCAUCAGUCGACCGAGGCGACGCGCAGAGCGCUUGCGUUCUUGCGACAUUGUGGACCAUCGGCAUGGAAUUCACGUUAAUCCCCUUUUAUUUUCUCUGCUCGCGAAUUCUCGGAUAGUCUCCUAGACACACCGCACACAGCUCGUGUUUGUACAAACGCAGGCGUGGGGUUUGGCCAAACUGUGUGUGUGUGUUUAUGAUCGCACGUUUUUAUUCCACAUCGAUUGCCAAGAUGUCAGGGGCUCUGAGGUGGGGAGGAGGUGGCGGUACAGCAAUUGUUUAGUCCACAUGAGAUUUGGUCUGUUGGAUCUGCUUUGUGGAUGUACAUCUCAAUUGCAGGACCCUUCUGAAAGAGAGUUACCGAGGCUCGGGUCGAGGUUUUCCUUGGUGCGUGUGCAUCUCCACGGCCGGACAAGGGCCUCGCCACGCAGGCCAUGGCGGUUAUUUCACCUAGUUCCGGUCGGUGAAGGUGGCGAACGUGAACGUAGGAGCAUACAAGUACAGUCCAACAAGAAUUUUCUGCACUGCCCUCCGCUGACAACCAAGUAGCUCCAUAGCUGCCUUUGACCAAUUGUUUGUGCAUGGUUAUCACUUAUCGAGUGAUUUGGUCGUAGGCUGUGGAAAUGAUUGAGAAUGUAUUACACUGGUCAACAACAAAAAAACAAUUUUUUCUGGCCUGGACUUUUGCAGCUGUUUUAGACUAAUUUCAGGGUGCUGAUCAUUUUUAUGAUAUCGGCAUACCCCAUUUUCAUUGAUUUUGCCCGAAAUUAACUCUGUCACUUAUGAUUGCAAGUUGUUGCGAGUCAGUGACUGCUUUAGUGUUAAAAUAUGGUGCUGUAUUUUUAGGAUAGUGUGUUUAUAAUAUAAUUUUAUGUAGAUAUCCACAUUUAAUAUUUUUCUUCUGCAGUUUUUAUUGAAAAUGCAAUAUUUGAUAUCUCAAAAACCUGAUGUGAUAGACAAAAACUGAUGCCAGAUUUGGAAUCAGCACCCCAAAAUUACCUUAAAACCGUUGGAAUACCUUGUGCCAGAAAAAGUGUGUUGACCAGUGUUAUUGUUGUGAACAUUACUGCCUUGCUACCACUCACCAGCAGAGAGUGCUGUGGGUGUAUGUGCCGGUACCGGUGCCUUGUGCAGUUAUGUUGUGCCACCUGGUCUGGUGAAAAAGCAAGAUGAAGUCUCACAAUGAACUUCAUUAAAUCUAUAUUUGGAGAAGCUGUUAAAAAUGUAAUUAGCAGAAAAUGAGUACAAUUUCGUCUGAAUUAAGACCUACUUAGGAGGUGUUAAUUUAGUUGAAGAAUUUAAAUAUCAACAAUAUUGCACCGUGUUAGUUUCACGGCUGCGUUACUGGAUCAUGAUAUAUCUUUUUUUAAAGCUUGAAAUAAUUGUUUUUCUCAAUGCACUUUUUUGGUAAUUCUUAUUUUUCGUUUCAGGGGAAGUUUGCACGGAGGGGAUGAUUAACAUGUGAUGUUUAAAUGGCAUAAACUUAAACAAAUGGAAAAUUACUGAUAAAUAAAAAAUUUAUUUGCAGCUCAUUGUCAGUCGACUGCUGGAUGAAUGCCUCACCAUGCCCAACGGUCACGGUAACUGUUUGACUAUACUUCACCACACUGGUCAUUUCGAGUGAGAAAAAGAGCUUUCUAGCUCAUCAGAUUCCUUCAGUAUAAAUAAAUAUUCAGGUUCUGGUUCAGAUAUUACUCGGAACUGGUGUUAUCCAUCGCCGCCAAUUGAAUUCAAGUCACCAGAUUCAUAGGGUAGUGCGCUAACCGCCGCACCACCGCUCCGCUCCAAAGAACAGUAUUCCUAAUUGAUCAAAUUUAGUGCACAAAUUGUUUUUAACUUAUCGACGAAUCAUAUUGUGACACGUGAAUAGGCUGAAAUCUGAACAGACCUGCAGGUCUCUACGGCCCCACGCCGCUCUGUGUUUCGCUGCUAAAACUCUUUAUGCAACGGGAAGCGAUGACACAUUGCUCCAUUGUCCUCGCGUCUUCGCCCUCCGCUGGCCAAUUUUACCGACCACUUAUAAGUCCCUUUGCCAAGAGGACGUUGUUGCGGAGACGAGACAAAUCCAUCAGCGCGAUCCUUAAUGGCCGCUUUCAUUGUGCCGAUGUAUACUGCUGCACUGCCACGAAUAGCACCCUAUUUUUCACAUUGACGCCACUUGUGUCUUCCACGUGCCUGGUUAUGAGGCCGUUACGAGACCAAGAACCGUGGCUUCCAAGCGAAACGACAGGCCAUCCAUCCGUCCACGCCAUCGUUUCCACACAAUAGGUUUUUUUCGCGGUUUAGCUGCGAUGUUUGUUUUAUUUGUAACGACCGUUUUAUGCUUCUACAAAUCCUCAACGUACAUUUCUUAAGAGCUGCGUGUGUGUUUUUGUUUGUUUAUUGUUGCUGAAGUCCUCCGCGAAGCGUGCAACGGAGUAAGCGCCGCGAUCUGCGUGCGUGCCGCGUUUGCGCGCCUGACCGCUCGAAUGGAUAUGGCGACUAAAACCAAAUCGACGCAAAAAACCGUGUUCCCCAAUUCUACCGCGGGGGUCUUCACGGUUGCGCCGUAUAGCUGUAAAGCCCUCCCGACGUGUCUUCGCAGGUUGUCACCGCCGCCGCGUGGUUUAUGGCAUCUCAAUAUACCGCCGGUUGUUGCUGGCCUUGUGACGUUUUGAGUAUUUGGGUUUGUGCAGGGCUAUUGUGAUGUGUAAGAAC